CCAAUACGGAGAAGAUAAUGCUUAAACUUUGCCAAGCAUAUGUUAUUGCUAUGAUUUUAGAAAAUUGCAGCAGCAUAAGAUUCCAAAAAUAUCUGGGAAUUGAUCACACCAUGGGCAUCGAACUUACCUACUCUCAAGGGAGCUGAGUAUGUGAUGUGACGGGCCGAUAUUAAAAUGAACAAACAAUAAAGCGAUCAAGAUCUCUCGUCUUGUUUCCCAGGCUAUUACUCCACAUGUGGCAAAUUAAUUUUGUUCAAUUUAAUUUUCCGACUGUGAAUUCAUUUUGGAGGAUAUAUUCUUCCUAAGUCCUAACCCGAAGGAUACAUAUAUAGAAGAAAGCAUGGCAGGAAGCACAAAAAGGAAAUUUGAGAGAGUAGAUUUUCUCAGUGAUCAUGUUAUGGCAUUGAAAGAGGCGAUACACACUGACUUCGUCCUCAAACCUGGUGAUAAUGGACCAGGCAUCCCCACGCACAAAGCUGUUCUGGCAGUGAAAUCAAAAGUGUUUAGAAGCAUGUUGGAAACUGAUGAAUGCAAAGUUUCACCGGAGAAAUCAAUCACUAUCCAUGACCUAAGCUACGGAGAACUCGAGUCUCUCCUUGAAUUCUUCUACAGUGGUACAUUGAGUCGUGACAACAAACAUGUUCGAGCCCUCUAUCUCGCUGCGGACAAGUACGACAUUCAAUACCUCCAAGAUAUUUGCAGAGAAAUAUUAAUCUCGUCUCUGAGCUCUGAAAACGUUAUUGACAUCCUCCAUCUUUCAACCAUCCCUUCGGAUGCAAUCCUCAAGGAAGCUGCGAUAAAUUUCCUUAUCAAAAAAGACAUAAACGUGAUUUUUCAUAAGCGUUUUGAAUCAUUUGCACAUCAGGACCCUCGUACAACCCUGGAGAUCUUACAAGCCUGUGUAAGAGCAGUGCAGGCGUACUUCCAGAAACAAUCUAAGCCAAAGUAAAGGCAAUUAUAGACUCUGGCUCUCGUUUGAUUUGCACAAGAAAAUUAAAUACAUGAUUGAUACUAUUUGUGAUUUUGCUAAUAUUAUAGAGAAAUUAUAGUCUAUAGACAAGAUAUCACUUUUGAUAGCCAAGCAACUACUCA